ACCGGAGAUCCGGGCAGCCGGUAGAAUGAAUGACGAUCACGUUCAAUCCGCUGUUGGAAAAAAAACGAGCAUGAAUGGAAAUCUGUUGUGCCUUUUUCUUGGAGGCGCUUAUUGGUUGCAGAUACCUGCUUUCUGUCAGUGAUGUCGGGGUGAAGGUAAAGGCUUCUCAGGUUACCGGUGUGGCUGCCUGGAGGCUCAGCAGGAAGACGCCACGUUGACAAGCUGCUCUGAGCUCUCCUGUCAAUGCUCACGGCUCUCCACUUCACCUCCCACUGAGAAAGCCAACCAUGACUCUGCAGUUUACAUACAGCAACCAGGAUUUUGUCACAGAUUUGUGUCGGACCAGUGAGAGUGGAUCCGGCUUGGCAUCGGCGCCGACGAAAUUUGACACGACUCUUAAAGCUGCGUGGACAGACAGGAUGCGGAGAGGACUCUUCCGCUACCACCUGGGUGAUUUGCAAACUCGUAUCCUACCUGGCCCACAUGGCUACGUUUCCCAGCUGAACAUCCAAAGAGGCACAGAGCGAAGAAAGCCUCAGGAGAUACUGAGCGUCCAGCAAGAGUUCAAUGCCAAGCAGUUCAAUUUCAGCAAAAUCAACCCAGAGGAGAUCAUGUUUGAGAUGAUAAGGCGCCCCGGACGUGGUGCGGCAUCACAUGAAAAUGAGUGCUCGCUCCAACCCUGCAGGAUGAUUGUGAUGAUCAAUGUCAGCCCUCUGGAGUUUGGCCACUGCCUGUUUGUGCCGGAUCCCUCACGCUGUUUUCCACAGAUCCUGACCCCGUUUGCCAUCCAGGUUGGGAUUGAAUCUGUGCUUCUGAGCUCUGACCCUGGCUUUCGUGUGGGUUUCAACAGCCUCGGAGCAUUUGCAUCUGUCAACCAUUUACACCUACAUGGAUAUUACCUGGACCACGAGCUAAAGAUAGAGUCUAUGCCGGUUAAACCGUUAUUGCCUGAAAAAGGAUUUUAUCGCCUGAUGGACUUCCCUGCAGGCUUUUUGUUUUACACAGAAGCAAAAGGUCUGGAGAAAGUUGCCCAGGCUGUUUGUCAAGUCACAGACUUUCUGGUGGAUGGUAACAAAGCUCACAAUGUGUUCUUGACCAGGGGAUGUCUGCCCUCUGAUUGCAUAGAUAAUGGAGUGCAGCGCAGUUCAAGAAAAGGUGUGCGGAUUGUGGUGUGGCCUAGAAUAUCCUGCUUCGGUGCCAAAGAGGAAUCUGCUUUUAAUGUCGCUCUUUGUGAACUAGCUGGACAUUUACCUCUCAAGAACAAGCAGGACUAUGAUCGCAUCACGGAAAAGGACGUGAUGCAUAUCAUUCAGAGGUAUCUUCUGUCCGAUGAGGAGUUUCUCAAGUUGGAACAGCAGCUCACUGCUCAUUUAAUGAAUUUAUAACCUUCAGCCAGCAUCACAAAUUGACUAGUUUGUGGUGAUUCAUUAGAUAUACACUAUUUUUCAUUUCAGUGAUUCAAUUCUGAAAUGUGGUGUGGAUGUUUGAUGAAAUGUGAAUAAAAAAACAAACUGUCCAGUGGUAUUAAAGCCUUCCCUCAAAGAUGAAGAGACACCCAAAUAAGUGUAUUGAUAAUCAGCUUAACUGUAAUAGACUGAUGAAUAGCGAUGGGUUAUGGAAAAUGAAAUGUGUUACCUUCAAAAUGUAACUACAUAUUGUAACAGAAGCAGAGGGAGUCAGCAGGACUGGGGUCAUCCGUCAAUAGGGAAAGUGAAAGCGACCUGCGAUGAGGCUUACAAAGUGAAAAACUCUGAUGAUGCUGACAGCAGUAUAUUUGAGAGUGAACAAAUAAAAAAGGCCCUUGUUCUGGAAAAUGUGUCAUUUUUAAAGGGCAAAAGAACUUAAUGUUAUUUGUCAUUUAGUUACAAACUCAUCAAAAUCUGUCAAGUGCUUUUACAUGCAUGUGUUUUUGCUGAGUUAUUGUACUCGGCUACAUUUUAAAUCACAUUCAUAACAGUAUAAUUUUUUUUAGCCACUCCAUAAACAUCGGACACUGGACUGUCAAUAGGCCAAUUCUGGAGCCAUUCAGAUUGAACGGUCAGUCAGCGAAGAAAAAAAAAAGAUUCACCUGACUUUACCUUGUGCAUUUUAUUUUCAAAUGAAUAAUUAGCAUUAAUAAGCAAUUCAUAGCAUAAUAAGCAUUGUCUGAAAAAUACAUAAUUUGUUCAGAAUGGUUGAGGAUCUACUGGCCAGGAACCUGAACACAAGGGUGAGAUUUUUUUUUUUUUCCCUAAGAAGUAGUCCUGCAGUAUUUUCCCCAAAACCUGGUCUCUGCACACAGAGCCCACAGAGUGAAUUUAAAGUUAGUUGUUUCCCCAUUCACAGAUCAGUUUUGGAUGUUGUCAGAUAUUUAUUAUCACACUGCUGAGCAGCAUGAUGAUGAAAUCACAUGUAAAUCUAUUGCAGCUUUAAUCAGAUUUGAAUGUGAAAGCACAAAACGAUUAUUGACAAACCUGACAGUGAUUGUCAGGGCACGGUCAUUAUUAUUACACAUCAUCCAAGGAAAUCACAGAGGAGCACAUCAUCUGCCACGAAUGCAUCACCACGGUAACAAUGUUAAGCCAAGCAGUGCAAGCAAUGAGCAUGGCUACCUGCCCACUCGCUCUAAUGAGGUUCCUUUGGGUGAGCGGACGGCAGAGCAGUGG